AUGGCUGCUACUGAUUCUGCUGGUGGAGGCAGAGACGGCCUGAAUAAGAGGGCCACUGGGCGGCUGUUAGAAGGAGAGAAGACUCCUCAUUGGAAGUGGCUGCCAGGGUUGACGUUGUCUCUGUUGUACACGCUGUACAACACAACUCACUCACUUGUUCGAGGUAGCCCAGUCCUGUACGAGGCAAGUGAUGGGACCCGGGAUAGAGCAUGCCCACCAGCAAGUGACGGCGACGAUCAUGACGCUGAAUGGUCUGAAGGGGACGGGAGCCAGCGAACGGGUGGGCUCUAG